UAUCUUCCUUUCUCCCCAGGCAGUGAUGGCUCUCCAGAAGACCCUUUCAUUGCUUCUGCUCUUGUUGGUGACCCUGCUGGGGCUGGGGCUGGUGCAGCCCUCAUAUGGCCAAUCCAUGUACCAACUAUUCCUGCGGCAACAUGUGGACACUAAACAUAGAGGUGGCACCAGUUUUUACUGCAACAGGAUGAUGCAAAUACGGGGGAUGACUAGGCCCAGGUGCAAGCAAUUCAACACCUUCAUCCAUGAAGACAUCUGGGACAUUAAUAACAUCUGCAAGAGCCCCAAUAUCCAGUGCAAGAAUGGCAAGAUGAAUUGCCAUGCAGAUGUAGUGAGAGUCACAGACUGCAAGCUUACAUCACGUUCCCGGCGAAACUGCAGAUAUCAGGGCAGGGGCAGCUCUAGGCGUGUUGUCAUCGCCUGUGAUGAUAAAACCCUGAUGCCUGUGUACUUUGAUGGAUAGAUGCUAUCCUGAAACAGUUAUGGCCCUGUGGUUGACCUUUUACUUACUCCUUGAACAGCAAUGAGUAAUGCAUUUGAGCUAUGUCUACUUCUUUUUCUCUAUAUAAUCCAUUCUGUUAAAUGCAUCAAAGAGAAAUGGAGACAUAAAUGUAUAAUGCAAUGGGGCUUUCUUGAAUAAAAUUUUCUAUAAAAUCUGCUUCCUUUUAAAAUACUGCUCAGCUUAGCUCUCUCAAAUCCUAUCCUCUGGAAUUUUGUUAUUAUAUGUAUGAUAUAACAUUUCACAUAUUUUAAAG